AUGACCCAGGACGAGGUUAAUGGAGGUCUUGGCCCCCCAUUUGCAGCUAUCAAGUUCGCUUGCCAUGGUGCUGCUGACCAUAAUAAGAAGGGGAUCAUACGGAUUUAUAUCCAAAUACAUAUCACUGGAACGAUCGCUCGCAGCCCUAGAGCCCGAGCCCAGCAGGCUGUCACGCAGCGGAUGCAUACGAAACUUCAAGCGCUCAAGAGCCUCGCAGAACAGAAGUGUGAGGUAGUCCCCGAUCUUCUUGGGUACCAGGAGGCACAGCAAGAUAGCGAAGGCUGUGUGCCGGGUGGUUAUAUCAAUUAUAUGGUGUGGGCUCGUGUUCUCGGGGACUCAAUUGACUCUAAUGUUUUCGGGGUCCGAGUUGUAACAGCCAGUACCGUGAUGAAGUGUACACAACAAGGAAAAUUCCGGUCAAUCUGGUAUGGAGCGCAUAUCGAAAUAGCCAUCAUUCUCAAUAUCAUAGAAAUCUGGACAUUAUUGAUCGCCUCGGUUGGCGCUCCACUAUGGCCACUUUUCAAGAAAUGGGGCCAACAGCUGGGGACAAAAAAAGCCAAUAUGGCUGUCAAAGUAACCCCAUAUGGAUUACGAUAG